AUGUUAAAUUCUGACGAAGAAAUUUUUUUCGAUGAAAAUAAUUUUUCAUCAUUAGUUGCAUCAAGUCUUCGAAAUGUUAUUGAGAAUAGCAUAGUGAAUCCUGUAUUUCCUUAUCGAAUAUUAUCUCUUUCACAUUUAUCAUCGUGGAAUACAUUUCAGAAUGAUUUAAUUCAAAUUUUGAAACGUAAUUCGAAUAUUAAUCAACAGAUUAAUCAGGAUCUUCUUCUUUUACACUAUUUUCAUUAUUAUACAACUCAUCAUAAUGAAAAGCAACAUGAAAAUUCUUGCUUUGAAACGUUGUUGAAUUCUCACAUUGAUGUAAUUCGAACUAGUCAAUCAGAUUUUGAUCGUUUACGUCAAAUUAUGUAA